GUGUUUGCAUUUUGCAAUCACCUUUUCUUUGCGGUGCAAGUAUAUAAUGAAUAAAAUUAUAGUAUAAAUAACUUCACAAACCUUAGCUGUUGCCAAAUAAUGUGCAGCGACGUAACCUUAUUAACGUUGCAUUAGUAUACAUAGAGUGCGAAUUGUUUUGAUCUCAUAGUUCGUUUUGUAUCAAAAUGGAUAUUCUGGAGAAGAUUUACCGGAACGUUCGACAGCAAGUUAUAAAUUGGUCAGGAUCAGUACCAAAAACUGUUGAUCUUCUGAACAAAUCAGUGUCGAAUGUGAGGUUGCCACCUUUUACUAAGGACAAUGUACUGUACUAUUAUUUACCAUUACAAGGUCUGGUUAGUUACACAACUUUGUCAGUAAGUGUAAUGAACCCUCACCUAAUGGUCAGGUUGUUUCCGCAGAGAGAUGUAACAGAUGUUUUAUUUUUAACUGCGGGUGGUGGUGCAGGACUCUGGCUCUGGGCAAGACCACACAUGGCAGCUGCAGCACCAGCUAGGCGUUUUUCUUGGGCAUUUUUAGGUGGCUGUUUAUGGCCUCUUGGAUCUAUUUUCUUAUGGGCCAUACUCAGAAGUUCAGUAGGUCAAAGGCCAGUCAUAGGCACUGUGUUAGGUGUUACUACCGGAGCUAUGCUUACUAAUAUUGCUUUAGAUUAUUUUCAUUAUGUGGAACUUAUGUUUUGUGGUGAGGUGCAGCUCCCUGAUGAGACAUAUAGCCCUAACAGUGAUGAUGAGAAGUAUGAUAUUGAUAUUUAAAUGAUUUGUGUUAUUGCUCUUCUGAUUAUCAAAUUAAUACAUUGUAUAUUUACUUUUAUGCAUAUUUGGUAGUGGUUAAGUCUUACAUGUUAUGUUAUUUGAUGCACCUUCUAGCAUGUUGAUGUUGUGUCUUUCGAAGUCUGUCUAGUCUCUCACUAAGUGCUUUGAUUAAAUAUUGAAUAACUUCA